AUGUGGCCGGCCGGCGCGGGCACCAAGCUGCCCUGUCCCCGGGACUCUGCACUCCGGCGGGCGGCUUUCUCCGGAAAUCUCACGGCCCUGCCUUCUCACCUGGUGCCCGCCGGGCGCAGCGUGCGGGUCUUCAUCAGCGCCAACCCUGAAGACACAGGAGCGGAAAGACAAGCCCUAAGAGAAAAUGUGUAUCCUAAACUGAGAGAAUUCUGCAGAGAAAACUAUGGAUUGGAAUUUCAGGUCAUAGAUCUUUACUGGGGAGUUGAUGAAGAUGACUGGGACGACCCAGAGCUCCAGAAGACCCGCAUGAAGCUGCUGGAAGAUUGCUUGAAAACUUCUGCAGGUCCAUGUUUUGUUGGACUAUUAGGUGAAAAAUAUGGAAACAUCCGCAUCCCUGGAGAAGUUGAAGCCUCAGAGUUUGAGAUGAUUUUGGAUGCUGCCAUAGAGGCAAAAUUAGAGACCAAGUUACUGGAGGAAUGGUACUGUCGGGAUGAGAACUCGGUGCCAGCAGCUUAUUACCUCAGACCCAAAUCAGAAAUGCUGAGAAGCAAUAAAAACACAAUGCAGCCUUCUGCCAAUACUGAAAAUGAGAAGACAUGGCAAGAGAUAUCAGAUGAGAUCAAGAAGAUAUUUAAGGCUGCUGUAAAACUGUUACAUGAAAAGGGUAAAAUGAAACACAACCAAGCUAAGAGGUACCUGUUCUCAGCCAUAGAGGAUGAGUUUGACUUUGCUCUAGGAAAACAAACUCCAGCAUUCCUAAAGAAGUGUGUUUGCUACAUUAGGAAAAUUGCUAACAUUGAGCGCUUUGUGAAAAUCCCAGAAAUGGGAAAAUACAUGGACAUAAUUGGAACGGAACCAAGGAUUAUUCGGGACCCAGAAGCCCAAGAGAAGCUGAUAAAACUCAGGGAUGAAUUUAUUCCUACUAUUGUAGCAUCCUCUAAUCUGAGAGUAUACACAUCUGUUACUCAUUGUGACAUGAAACUAGGCUAUUCCCAAGAAAUAGAAAAUCAUUACAUCGAAGGUCUGGGUAAGCAGUUUUAUGAGGACAUGAUUGAUAUAAUUCAGGCAACAGUGCAACAGAAUUUUGACACUGAAACUGAUACACUCUACGACGAAAUCCUUCAACACUCGUCAUUAUGUAAGACGUAUGCCUCCUUCUACGAGUACAAGUGUGAGUCUCUAAACAUAGUACAUAACUAUAUCCUUCCAAGCAAAACUGGGCACAUCAACCCUCUUAUUGUAUAUGGUGGACCUUGCACUGGGAAGACCCUUCUGCUAGCGGAAGUAGCAAAGAAGGCUUAUGGCUGGCUACAUGAAGACACCGGACCAGAAUCUGACCCAGUGGUGGUUGUGAGAUUUUUAGGAACGACAGACAUGAGCACUGACCUUAGGACUCUCCUUCUAAGUGUUUGUGAGCAACUGGCAGUUAAUUACCGGUGUCUGAUUCAAAGCUACCCUAAGAAGAUCCAUGACCUCCGUGACUUAUUUAUCAACCUUUUGAAUGAGUCUUCAUCGCAGAGACCUCUAGUCAUAAUAUUCGAUGCCCUGGAGCAACUUUCAGAGAAUGAUGAUGCCAGGAAGCUUUGGUGGCUCCCAGCUCACCUUCCCCGCUUUGUACGGAUAGUCCUCUCCACACUGCCCAACAAACACGGGAUCCUGCAGAAACUAAGGUGCCUUAUCCACGAAGAAGACAACUACAUCGAGCUGAUUCCCCGAGACAGGAAGAUGUGCAGCCAGGUCCUCAAACACCAGUUGCUGCGGGUCAAAAGGAAGGUCACAUCAGGCCAGCAGAUUUACGUGAACAACGCAUUCUCCAAGUGCACACUGCCCAUGUUCGUGAAUCUGACCUUCAGGGAGGUGAGACACUGGAGAUCUCACAAAGAUGUCGAUGAAUCCUCCCUUUGCGUCACCGUCCAUGAAAGCAUAGAGCAGUUAUUUUGGUCCUUGGAGAAAAAGUGUGGUCAGAAACUGGUCUGCAGGGCACUUGGUUAUAUCACCAUGGCCAAAAUGGGCUUGAGUGAAAUGGAAUUGGAGGAUGUAUUGGCCCUGGACAACAGUGUUAUGAAUGAACUCAACGAGCACACCAGGCCCAGCAAUCCCCUGAGGGUACCUUAUUUGUACAUCGCGAGACUCAAGGAGGGUCUAAGUGGGUACUUAAUAGAAAGACACGUCAAGAAUGUCACACUCCUGGUCUGGGCCAACAGACACCUGCAGCUCAUAGCCCAGAAACUGUAUCUGCAGAAUGACAGUGACCUGCGUGAAAUGCACACCAUCCUGGCAGACUAUUUUCUGGGGGUCUGGUCAGGGGGAAGGAGGAAAGCUUUCUGCCUCGAAGACCCCUACUUGAAUGGCUGCCUGGACUUGGAGAGCAGAAGCCUGCUGGAGGAAGAGAAGCACUUUAUGGAGCAGGCUUCCUUUGAUAGGCAGUCCCCGGACCAGCCCUGGGUUUUCCAGUGCAAUCCUCUGGAGCCCGACAUCUUUUUUGUCAACCAUCGGAAAAUGUCUGAGCUUUUGUAUCACCUGACGAGGUGUGGGAAGACCGAUGACUUGCUAUAUGGCAUCAUCAUGAAUUUCAGUUGGCUUUAUACCAUGAUUAAAAUCGGCCAGUUCGACAAAGUGCUUUCAGACAUCGAGCUGGCUUACAACUACUCCCAAGAGAAGGAGCUGAAGUUCCUGGCCAGCACCCUCCGGGGCAUCAAAACCAAGGUCAUUGCAUUUCCCGGCUCCCUUUCAGCAGAGCUUCAGCAAAGACUGCUGCCUGUUGUAAGCUCCCUGCCCAAACUUAGACACCUUCUUUUAGAAUGUGACAAAGAUGGGCCCAAAUACUGCUCCAUCGUGCCACUGCAUUCAUCCAUGGACGUGACAUACAGCCCAGAGCGUCUCCCCUUGUCAUCCAGUCACCUGCACGUCACAGAGAUUCUGCCUACCUGUAACCCCAGUACUGUCCUCACAGCUUUAGAAAACGGUUCCAUCAGCACGUGGGAUGUAGAGACUCGCCAACUACUCAGGCAAAUCACGACAGCCCAGUCUGUCAUCCUGGGCAUGAAACUCACCAGUGACGAAAAGUACCUCGUAGUGGCCACAACCAAUAACACCUUGCUGAUUUAUGACAAUGUCAAUUCCUGUCUCCUGUCUGAAGUAGAGAUCAAAGGCACCAGGCAUGGAAGUGACUCCACCUACAUCAACGGAUUUACACUGUCCGCUAACCACGCCCUCGCAUGGCUUGAAGCCAGCAAAGAUGUCACUGUCAUUGAUCUGCUCUACGGAUGGCCGCUUUACCAGUUCCACUGCUGGUAUGAAGUGACAUGCGUCCAGUGCUCUCUGGAUGGUGUGUAUGCUUUCUGUGGCCAGUACCUGAACACGACCACCAUAUUUCAUUUAGGAAGUGGGGAAAAGUUAUGCACAGUAACAUCAGAGUUUUCAGGUGGGUUUGUGAAGUUUCUUCUUAUCUUGGACACGGCUCAGGAAAUGGUAAUGGUAGACAGUGAGGGAAGUCUUUCCAUUUGGAACACGGAAGACAUGUCCAGCCCCCAGCUGACUGAUGACUUUGACUGCCGAAGGGAAGACAGUGAGGUGGUCAGCAUUGAGCUUUCAGAAGACCAAAGUGCAGUGCUGAUCUGUAAAGCCCUUAGCAUCGAGCUUCUAGAUACCAGCCUGUGGAAGGUGGCCGAGAAGUUCAGAGCCAAGCACAACGAACGCUUUAUAUCUGCCGUGCUAUCCAAAAAUGGGGACUGCAUUAUCGCGACCAUGGAAAAUACCUCAGCUGUGUUUUUUUGGAGACGGGACACAGGACAAUGUAUGGCAAGCUUGCAGGAAAUCUCAGGUUCCAUUGUCAAGUUGGUGAAAUCUAGUCACCACAAUAUGCUACUCUCUUUGUCAACCAGUGGUGUUCUCUCCAUGUGGGACAUAGACAUCAUCACAGCCAUGUCCAACAUAGAUAAGACUGGAAAACCCAUCCAAAGUCUGGUGUUGCCCGCUAGAGGAGAGAUUAUCUACUCCCUGGAUGGCUCUGAUUGUGUUCACAAGUGGAACUUCAGCAGUGGGUUCAUCGAAGCCAUAUUCAAGCAUGAAGGAAUCGUUGAACACUGUGUGUUAACAUCCGCUGGAGACAUUAUGGUGACUUCAGAUGACAAAAGCAGCCAGUAUGUCUGGCAUACCAGCAGUGGUGAAAACCUUUUCCGAAUCAAUGGGCAGAGAAUAUCUCAGCUGCUGAUUACACACAAUGACCAGUUUGUGGUUUCUCUUUGCGAGGAAAAUGCCUCCAGGGUUUGGAGACUUGCCACAGGCCACAGGGUCUGCAACAUUCUGACCACAUUGCAGAAUGCCUUUAUUACCUCUGCAAACACCUUCGUGGUGGGCAUGACUAAAAGUAAAGUGCUGGCAGUCAGUCUUUGGACAGGGAGUAUCACCAAGAAAUUUUGCUGUGAAGAUGGGACCACCAUUGUGAAUUUUAAAUUAAUCCCCGACUGUCCUGACAUCAUCGUGUUUAUCACAUCAGCUGAGACGGUGAACCUCUGGAGUCUGACAGAUGAGGUGAUCUGUCGACGAGUGCAACUUCCCAACAACUUCUUGAAAAACCUGGAGGAUUUUGAAAUUUCCCCCAAUGGAAAGUUAGGCAUUAUAUCCAGGGGAGAUGAAAACAUCAACGUGCUAGAUUUACACAGCGGUAAAUUACGAGUGGUUCACGCCUCUGGGAUCAUCUGGCGGCAGAGAUUGUCUCGAGAUGGUCGCUACCUGGUCUACAUUUGUUUCCGAAACGGGGAGGAAGAAGAUGAAAAUGGUGCAAUAUCCAGUUUAAUUGUCAUGAGACUGGCAGAUGGCAAAAACAUCGGUGCUUGUUCCCUUUACAAAACACCAACUUUCCUUGCACUUUCUCAGAGGCACCUGCACAUCAUUGUGGGCUUUGAUGAUGGGAGUAUCGGGAUAUACACAGUAGUCGACCGCGUGGAUGCUGCACUGAAAAUUAAAAUUGCCACUUCAAAUAGCAGACAAAUUUUCAACAAUGCUACACACACAUCCAGGCCAAAGUGUAACAGUUAUUGUUUCAAAGUGUCUGUGGAUUGCUUAUGGAGAGAGUCCACGGAGGUCUUUGCAAGAGACAGUCCCAUCACAGUGAGCGACUCUACUGAGUCUAAUGAAGCAACACCCUCCAAGAAAUACAACUCUUGUUAUGACCGAGUAUGCUCUGCCCUGGAAUCCAGGGGUCACAGCUAUGCCCCUGAUAACUGACAAAGCAUUUAUCCUGCUCAGUGAAAAUACGCAAUCCACGUGCAAAAGAGACAAAAAAAAUGCGUCCCAGAUCAUAGACUACUCAUUUCUUAAAAGACAGGGAAAGUGGUGGAAUUCCAGUGUUAUAUUAAGAUGCUCAUGAAACAUACAGAACCAUCAGACUGAUUUUAGGGGCAGUCUUUUUGUCAAAGUAUAUUCAGGAAUGAAUAGAAUUUUUAGAAAUAGUAUUUAAAUGAUGAUUUAGCCUAGAAGCUAGAAGAUUAAAGUUUUUAAAUGAGCUGUGUGGUAAGAAGCAGCAUGAUUCAUCCCACUGGUUCAGAUGAGAGAGGCUAGAGGUAUGUAUGGACCACUUGGGCUGGAAUCAGUUCUGCGAAAAUCACUUGAGAUCACGAAGACAGAGCUGUUUGACUUCAAAUGAUUUUGUGAUAAGUACACACAGCCUUAAUCUCUCUUUACAAUCCUGACAACUGUGUAUACCUAGUCUGCAGGUGAAUGGUCUAAAGGUGCAAAAUAAUGUAACAAAAAUACCCAGAUGUAUUCCCAGUUUCCCAAGAGACACGAUGUGAAAUGUGAGACUGUGAACUGGACUACCUACCGCUAUCAUAGGGCUACUGAACACGGGGAGUGAGUCUUUAUUAAAAUACGGUCGCAACAAUUGCAUGCAAGGGUUUCUAUAUAAUGGAAUCUCUGAUUUUUAAACUAUGUAUUUCCUGGGUUGCAAAAGAACACAUUUACUAAGAAACCACAAUCUUUUCACAUCUUUUUGAAAUGCAUAUUUGUCCUAGUGUAAAAAAGAAUGACAGGAAGGGCAUUACACAUCUGGUCAAAACACCUGCUCAUUUUUAUCAUUGUACUCCAAACAGUCCGUACUAUUCAGUCAAUUGUAUGAAAGCCUAAGUUAUUCUCUAAAUCCCUGGAAUCUUAACAGAAAGCAAGCUUUCUUAACAUGCCAACUCUGAGAUACCGAUGACAUUUGCCUUACUCUCAUUCCUCCUGUGUAAAACGCAGAUAGAUGACCAAAUACUCUGGGACAAACUGAAUAUGCCUGUCUUUGUGCUAAAAUACUCCAUAGAUCUUAAGGGUGUCCAAAGGUUCUUUGUGGUCCCUGUUUUAAUCACGUUCUUACUUCUACACACUGUGUGUAUGCUUCUCUAACAGUUACUCUUUCUGAGGACUCUUCUGAGCCUUUUAUAAUCUUACCCAUUUCAAAGCAGAAGCUGUGAAAUGGUGCCAAAUAUUUUUUUUAAAAACGACUUCACCUAUGUAAAAGAAAAUAUUGCAUCUUAAUAGAUGAAGGUGAUUGUUCUUUCUUCUGUAUCUUCCCACAUGGCAUGUCCGUGGAUAACCUUCAGAGGAUGUUGCAGUGAUGGUUUGGCUUGAUUUUCUUUCAAAGUGGUAAUAGUGACUUUAGUAAGCAGAAUAACGAACAAGAAAUUGACUUGCUUUUGGUCCAGCUGCACCAUGAACUCAUCGUGUAUCCCUAGACAGACCUUUAACCUCACCAGUGUAUUGUUUUUGCAAAAGAAAGGUAAGGAUAGCUUCUGCUAUAGCCCUCAGAGGGACAUUGGAGGACGAUGUGAGGAAAAAAUUAAAAAAUACAGCGACAUUUUGAUUGUUGAUGCUAGCAGGAAAAAUAACGUGAUCGAAUCCAUAGAGAAUCCAAGUCCAUUGUAGUUCACUUUGGAAAGAAGUUUAACACAUAAGCAUUCAAAGAUAUGAUUCAGAUAUAAAUACCCCACUCCGUGGUGAAAGACUUUUUUCAGUAUGUUCCUCCUGGUUUAGCUAGUAGCCAGGAAGGUGGUAGUUCCAAGAAGGCUACCUACACACAGACCACCUGGAGUUGAUUGUAUGAGUCAGUGCUUUCGAGCUCUUUCAGAACACAUUCUUAUUCUUGUCAUUAUCAGUUGAACCUCUGUGCCACACAUUUCUAAGAACUAAAUGCCUAGGUGGAUUAAAUGUAGUGUGUGAAUGUUCUGUGUAAAAACCAAUAGAGUUUAACAAGUGACUUGAAUGAUUUUUCCUAACUUGUUUGCAACUGAUAGCUCACAUUGAAUGUUUUUAUGUAAACUUUGUAUUGUUGGGAAGAAUUACCCAAUCAGAGAUUUAUAUUUUCAUAAGUGUUACAUUUAGUUAAAUUUUGUUACAGAGUUGUUACACUAGAAAAUUAUUUCAGUCUUCAGACAAUAUACAGUCUUGUGUAUGUAUUGUUUGUAUGAAUAAAAGAUAAACCACUUAGA